AUGGCCACGCAAAGAUUUUGUUUGAGGUGGAACAACCACCAGUCAAAUAUGCUGUCCGUAUUUGACCAAUUAUUACACGCAGAGACAUUCACUGAUGUGACGUUAGCGGUGGACGGCCAGUUGCUUAAAGCACACAAAAUGGUCUUAUCGGCUUGCAGUCCAUACUUCCAGGCCCUCUUUGUCAACCAUCAAGAGAAACAUCCCAUAGUUAUACUAAAGGAUGUCCCUUAUUCUGACAUGAAAAGUUUACUCGACUUCAUGUACAGGGGAGAAGUGAGUGUCGAUCAAGAACGGCUGACUGCUUUCUUGAAGGUAGCAGAGAGCCUAAGAAUAAAAGGCCUAACUGAAGUAAACGAGGAGAAAUGCGAUAUUCCCGCGUUAACAAAUUCCUUAAUACAACAGCAAACAAGUACCGCGCACACACCGCCGCCACAGUUGCAUAGAAUACAUCCGUACAUGCAUCAGAAAAGGCCUGCAUCUGGAAUUCCCAGCGGAGGUGCACCGCCAAACUUACUUAUGCCGCUAUUAGGGAAUGCGCUUAUGCAACCGAAGCGGAAAAGGGGUCGGCCGAGGAAGCUAAGUGGCAGUUCCAGUGACGCACUUAACACCGCGGCUAGUCCUCCUGGUGAAUUCAUACCGGAAACCGCAUCUCACGUCACGAACCGGGCCGGAGACCAGUUAAUACGGGGAUCACCUGAAAUGCUCGAGGUUAAAAUGUCAAUGGAUGGUUUCAAUCAAGACGACGGUGCAACAUCGGGCGGCGAGGACGGAGGAGAGGCGCUCAUGAUUGAUGAGGGUGACGACGCUCAGUCAAACGAAGCUCCGAAUUCCGGCAAAGACUCCGAAUCAGCAGAUACCGCAAAAGUACCAAAAGAAGAAAUACAACAAAAUUUCUCAUCUAAUGGUCCAGUGCUUUCCAUUGAAAACGGGUCAAUUAAACAGGAAGCUACAGAACCAACAGAUGAAUACAACGAACCUAUUGAAUAUAAAUAUAAUCCCGAUAGAAGCCGCGAAAAUUCAAACUCUCAAGAUGGUCCCUUGAAAGACACAGAUGAAAAGCACAGACUAGGUCGUAACUUGAAGCCAAAGAAUAGUAAAAAAAUACUUCCCCAAAUGUCAAAAUUCAGGGCUCGAACUUUAUUCAAUCAACUGUCGGGGCUCUCUAACCUGAAUCCUGCCUUAAAUACCUUUGACAAAUUUCCUCCCGAAACCGUUUUGAUGCCAGCUCUUGCCACACAGCUCUUUGCUGCUGAAUUAGAACAAAAUAAUCUUAAUUUGGCUAAUAAUGAAGUAACAGACUUAUCACAAACUAAUUGGGAACAUCGUAUAUUUCCUUCGCCCAUAAGGAAGAAUAAUAUGGGUAGCGUCGGCAACUAUCAUGAGGAAACCAAUGAGUCCGUGCGAGAUUACUGCAUCAAAGAAGGCGAAAAUGUCUUUAGAUGCAAAAUAUGUGCGAGAGUAUAUACUCACAUCAGCAAUUUCUGUCGACAUUACGUAACUUCUCACAAGAAGGACGUGAAGGUGUUCCCUUGCCCGAUUUGUUUCAAAGAGUUUACUCGCAAGGAUAACAUGAUCGCACACUUAAAGAUUAUACACAAAAAUCUGCCGAAUGCCAACGAACAAACUGCUAAGCAGGAGUCUUAA